GCGCCUUUCUCUCUCUCUCUCUCUUCGUGUAAAGCAAAGCGGCAACUGGGUUUCGUCCUCCAUUGAAGCUGCUUCGCUUGAGCUUCGAAUGCGGAGGUAGCGCCCGUCGACUCCGAGCUCGGACCGAGGUUUUUUCUUUUUUUUUUCCGGGUGAGCUGUUCCGGAGCCGGAGCUCGCACGCCGGGGGGAAGAGAUGGGGUGCGCGCAGUCGAAGAUCGACAACGAGGAGUCGGUGUCGCGGUGCAAGGAGCGGAGGAACCUCAUGAAGGACGCGGUCGGGGCGAGGAACGCCUUCGCGGCGGGCCACACCGGGUACGCCAUGGGCCUGAAGAACACCGGGGCCGCGCUCAGCGACUACGGCCACGGUGAGGCCGAGGAGGGCUUCGACCACGCCCUCCGCAGCCAGGCGCCGCUGGACGCCGCCCCCCCGCCGCCUCCCCCACCCCCGCCGCCCCCGCCUCCGCCGCCGCCGAUGGACAGCCUCCUGCCGCCUCCGCCGCUGCCGAUCUUCUCCCCCAGCCCGCUCAAGAGGGCCACGAGCCUGCCGGAGUUCGCGGUGCCGCCGAGGCGGAACCCUAUCGCGAGGGAGGAGUCGGUCGCGAUCCCGGAGGGAGAGGAAGAAGAGGAGGGCCAAGCCAAUGUAGGGGAGGAAGAAGAAGAAGAAGAAGAGAAGAUGCAGAAUCUCCGGCGGCAGCCUCGUCCGCGUCCGAGGACGAGCAAUACGGGCGCUGUUCCUCCGAUGAGCGCUCCGGUGAGCAAUCCGGUCCCGCCCAUGCCGGAGUCGAAAGGCAUGGCGUGGGAUUACUUCUUCAAUGUGGAACCCAUGCCAGGUCCGAGCCUGAACGAUGAAGAGGAGAUUAAUAACGAGAACGAUGAGAGCGAAGGCAUCGGAUUCGGAGAAAUGGGCAACGGGCUGAAUGGAAACGGGGCUAUGGAGGUCGAGCCAAAGACGCCGGAGAAAGUGGUGGAGACGAAAGUAGUGAAGGAGGAGGAGAGCGCCGUGAAGGAAGUGGGGGAUAAGCAGAUUGCGCAUUCGAGUACUGCUCCGGCGGAAUUUGGCCGGAAAGUGGGUAAGGCUGUAAAUGGGGUUAGCAUGAUGAAGGUGCUGAAAGACAUUGACGACCAUUUCCUCAAGGCUUCCGAGAGCGCGCAGGAGGUCUCGAAGAUGCUCGAGGCGACACGGUUGCAUUACCACUCGAAUUUCGCCGACGCUCGAAGUCACAUUGAUCAUUCUGCGAGGGUCAUGCGUGUCAUCACAUGGAAUAAGUCAUUCAGAGGUGGUAUACCCAAUGGCGACAGUGGAAAGGAUGACCUUGAUACAGAUGAAUGUGAAACUCAUGCCACAGUUUUGGAUAAGCUAUUAGCCUGGGAGAAAAAGCUCUACGAAGAAGUGAAGCAAGGUGAGCACAUGAAGCUCGAGUAUCAGAGAAAGGUGGCUUUGCUAAACAAGCAGAAGAAACGUGGUGCUGGUGCUGAGUCCCUGGAGAAAACAAAAGCAGCUGUAAGUCAUUUGCAUACGAGAUACAUAGUUGACAUGCAGUCCAUGGAUUCAACUGCUUCAGAAAUAAACCACAUAAGGGAUGGACAGCUGUACCCAAAGCUUGCGGAACUUGUCGAUGGGAUGGCAAAAAUGUGGGAAAGAAUGUGCAUGCAUCACAAAAGCCAGCAGUCUAUUGUUAGUAACCUGAUGUCCCUGGACAGCUCGCAUGCUCCCAAGGAAACAACCAAGCAUCACUAUGACCGUACAGACCAACUUCAUAAAUAUGUUCUUGAGUGGCAAUUACAAUUUGACAAGCUCAUUACCCAUCAGAAACAAUACAUCCAAGCUUUAAACAACUGGUUAAAGUUAAAUCUCAUUCCCAUUGAGAGUAGCUUGAAAGAAAGAAUCUCAUCUCCACCCAGGGCCCAGAAUCCUCCAAUCCAAGCUCUGAUAGUCUCGUGGUAUGACCACCUUGAAAAGCUUCCUGAUGAGCUUGCCAAGUCUGCUAUAACCGCAUUUGCUGCUGUAAUAAACACCAUCAUGGUACAUCAGGAAGAGGAGAUGAAACAGAAAGAAAAGUGUGAGGAAACUAGGAGAGAGUUCUUGCGCAAGAAUCAGGCAUUUGAUGAUUGGUACCAGAAAUACAUGCAGCGAAGGGGGCCCGACGAAACUAGAACAGAAGAUGUAAACCAUCAUGACCCUGUGAUAGAGCGGCAAGCGGUAGUGGAAAGCUUGAAGAAGAAGUUGGAAGAGGACGUUGAAGCUCACCAAAGAUUGUGUAUUCAGGUCAGAGAGAAAUCGCUGGGGAAUCUCAAGAAUCGCUUGCCCGAGCUCUUCCGAGCUAUGGCAACCUAUGCACAAGCCUGUGCAGAAGCUUAUGAAAAUUUGAGGUCCAUAACACAGUCGCAGAGAAACAGGGCUUCCUCCUAGAAUGGUAACACCUGUUUCAUUAGGAGAAGUGUUUAAGAUCGAACUUUAGUAGGCUAUCUUCCUAAGAAUAUUGUCAUGCACAUAUUUCCAUACAGCCUCGGUUGUUAUUAUCUGUUAAUAUCUGACCGUCACCUCCCACAUGAUCAUGUAUAUGCUCGGGUGGUGUGGUAAUUUUGAAGUGAAUGCCCAGGCAUUCUAGUAUUUGCUGUGUUCACGAGUUUAUUUGAAAAUAGCAAGCACUUGUGCUUAGAGUAUUCCGAAUGCCUUUGGCCUUCGAGGUUGAAACUGGUGUGGUGCUCGAAAAAAUGCAAUGUAGUAUGGUCAUGAUGAAACUGCUGAUUCAUUAUUGUGAUAGUGUGCACAAUGAAACUGUUGAUUCAUUAUUGUGAUAGCGUGUACAAUCUUUGGGGCAUUUGGGAAAUGAAGUGGCAUUACAGAAAAGGCCAGGCAUGAGUGUACUACUCGUGCAGUCCGUACAAAGUAAGAAGGAUCACCAAGUAUCCGAAAAGCCUAGAGCCCCCUAACCCACGUGCCUCUAUACUUUAGGCCCUGUACAUUUGGGAAUCUAAUCAAUUCUUCGAAUGACUUUUGGUGCGCCAGUCAUGUUCAUGUUUCCUUUCCUUGAGAAAUCGGAAACCAUGGUUGUACCCAUUUGGAAGUUGUUCUUUGGUGUCAUCUCCAAAACUCGAAAAAGGAUCAGAAAAACCAAGACGAGACGAAACGUUACUAUUCGGAAAAUUACUUAGUGGAAAAUUGGAACAGUUAUUGUCCAGUUUGGGGGGGGGGUUGUUGGAUAAUCAAUCCAAAAGCAAGGUUACUACUUUCGGUUCAUUUCAAUCGGGUAGGGCACAUCAGGGCCUGGCUCCUACAGCACUUUUUUAGUGGCCAAUGAAGAGAACAUUGCCUUGCCUUCUCUGGUGUAUGAUGGGCAUCAAGAACUGGCGUGAGCCAAGGAUGGAGGUCAUCUACCUGGGGAGGAACAGCAACAGCAACAGCAACAACAAGCCUAACCAUGGUCAACAUGAGAAAAUGCUUCAAGGGUGGCAACUAUUUUGGAGAAGAUUCAAGAGGGACAAGAGGGCCUCCAGUUCUCUUAACAAUAACAAAAUCAGAGGUUCUUAUGAUCCUGAUGAGUACUCUCAGAAUUUCGAUCAGGGAAUCGAUUGUACCGAGCCCGAAAAUCUCUCUCGGUCGUUCUCCGCUCGGUACGCUGAUCCGUGGUCAAGAAUCGAACCGAAGAAGAUAUUGUUGAUAGAUAUGGAUUGAGUUUGUUCGAUUGGUUCAACUAGCUAGCUCCUGUGUAUGUAACCCUGUUUCCAGGAUUGGGUCUUGAGUCCCUCUUCAAACUGUAUUAUAAUUCAUGUAAAGGGUUUGGCUAUUCUUUUUUCUUUCA